AUUAUUGUCAAUACAAGGAGUAUUGACAAUACUUUUGAUCGUGUAAUGGAAACUUCAUUGGAUUGACGAAAAUAUUGUCAAAAAAUCAAAACUGCUCAUCAAUCCGACAAUACUUUCUCUCCAGAGAGGAAACUGCCAAAUAUGUGCAAUGAACUCAUCUCUCAAUAUUUCAAUGUUCAUUUGCAAUAUUUGAAGCUCCAAACGCUUGAUUUUCUCGAAAAAUGCGGACUCAAGUUACCAAGUCAAUUGGAUUGACGGUAUUGACAAUACUUUGGAUUGACAAUAAUAUUGUCACGUGUAAGGGCUGCUUAAGAUUUACAGUGAACAACGUCAAAGCAGACGAACGAGCAUACCGCUGAAAACGUGACAUAUAUAGUACUAGUGCAAAGAAGGGCUUUCACGUAAACACCGCAGCAUCAUUGGGAACUAUUUGCGAUUACAAAAUCGUUUUAAUAUUUUAAAUAAAUGGUUCAGUGAGUGAAAGAAAAAAAAUCGAACUUUAUGACGUGUUUGUUGGUGUUCAAACACGGAAAAAAUGUCGCUACUGAACUUGUCGCGGCUGUCCAUGGCUGGGAUGAUGAUUCGAUCAUCCGCAAACCGGUUUCCGAUGCAAAACAAACUUUUUCAAAACAACGCUGCUCAAUUUAGGAGUUUAGUCGUGUGCUCACAUCGUGUUUUGUUGCCCCCCUGCUGUUGGAUUGACGAACAACCUAAAUCCAAUACCAGUGUCCAGUGUCGAAGUAUUUUGGUUCCCACGUAUCGACAGGCGUUUCCAUUACGACAGUUCAGCAGUAGCAAGAAGGAGGAUGAGCCUCCGGCUGCAUCGGAGGAACCAGCCAAGCUUGGACUGGUGGCACGCUUCAGAAAGAUGUACAAAGAAUACUGGUAUGUGCUGGUUCCGGUCCAUUGCAUAACAUCGGUGUUUUGGUUCGGUGGUUUCUAUUACGUCUCGACAAGCGGUGUGGACGUGAUAGCGUUACUGGAAACGAUGGGCUUAUCGGAGAAGUUGAUUAACCCAGUGCGCGAUUCCAGCCUGGGCCACAUUGCGAUUGCCUAUUUGCUGUACAAAAUCGCAACACCGGCACGAUACACCGUGACGUUAGGCGGUACAACUAUCUCCAUCAAAUACCUCGUUCAGUGGGGCUACAUCAAACCGAUGCCCUCGAAGGCCAAGCUUGUUCAGAUGUACAAGGAUAAAAAGGAAAACUUGCAGGAACGGAUUGCCGAGAAGAAACAGGACUUUCAGGAACGGAAGCAACAGCUGGAGGAGCGGAAGAAAAAUCUUUUCGACGAUUUUGAGCAGUAUAAGAGUGGUGUGAAGAAAAUUAAGGACAAGAAACAGAGCGUCACCGAUGAUAAAUCAUAGUCACCGCACAGUCCUACAAUUCGUGUUUUUUUUUCGUUGUUGGUGCCGUUGCCAAUCCUCUUCUGCUUUGUUAUUAAAAACAAAAGUUUAUCUGUAAUUGUUAGGGUUCGAUAGAAGCCGAGCUUCGACCAAAAAUAUA